UUCUCGAUGUGUACUUUGCUUAAUUUUUACCUCGCUUCAUCGAGCUGCGUGCAAAGACACUGAUGCACUGGCUGCUGUUUCAGUCGAAACUUCACUCCGCACGGUCGUCGCACGAGCUUUUGAUGCAAGGCUAUAGGAACAAGACAGGAUGAAGGCCACCGUAGCGUUCGGAGGCAAAGCGUACCACAAGCUGGGGGUUCUCGUGGCGAUCCUGGCUUCGAUACUCUGGCUGCGUCCACCAUCAGCGGGCAACGUGGAUCCGGACGCCGAAAGGAGUGUCGCUGAGGUAAUCGCUGACAAGGGCUACCCGGUGCAAGAGUUUGUGGUCACCACUCGCGACGGAUACGUGCUGCCCCUGCAGAGGAUCCCUAACGGUCGAAAAGACCUCUGGUCUACGCAUCCUCGCCACUUCCGCCCGGGGCCACCAGUAAUACUGAUGCACGCCCUCCUCUUCUCGUCCAACGUGUGGGUAGUCAAUGGGCCCGACCAGAGCUUACCCUAUGUUUUGGCCGACGCCGGGUUUGACGUGUGGUUGGGUAACGUGAGGGGCAACAGCCAGUCCCGACACGUCAACUACACCUUUUACCAGAAGGAGUUGUGGGACUUCAGUUUCGAGGAGAUGGGCGAAUUCGACCUGCCGGACACGAUCGACUUCGUGUUAAACGUCACAGGCCACAACAAGACUUUCGUCAUCGGUCAUUCCAUGGGGGCUGCCAUGACGUUUGCGUUACUCUCAGAGAAGCCGGAGUACAACGACAAGAUACUGCUCUUUUCUGCCAUGGCACCGGCGGUACGUAUCGACAACAUGACGUCACAAAUACGUCACAUCCUGUCCUUGAUGGACGACUUGGCGCCUGUGGCUGCGCUGUUUGGCAGGUACGACUUUCUCUACCACGACCGGAUGAUCGACUUCACCGUGAAGACUCUAUGCCGCUAUCCGGUGUGCCGGGCCUUCUGUCCCUGGUUUAUUAGCUUCGCCUCCGGACAGCCGACUCAACCAAUAAAUUCGACUCGCCUGCCCGUAUUUUUAAAGGACAUCCCUUCAGGGACGUCAUACAAGAAUAUGAUCCACAUGGCGCAGCUCUACGAGACGGGGCGGUUUGCGAAGUUCGACUAUGGAGUGAAGCGCAAUUUAGAAGUGUAUGGAAAGGCGACACCGCCGGAGUACGACUUGCGACGGGUGUCGGCGCCCGUGGCCCUGUUCUGGACCCAAGGGGACGCCCUAGUACCGGCCGCGAACCUGGGUUUCCUGCGCGACACGCUGCCCAACCUGGUGCUCGACUUCCGGGUGGAAGAUGACCGCUUCAGUCACCAGGAGUUCGCCAUCGGUGUCACCGCCAAGGAAGCGGUCUACGAAUGGCCUGGUGGACUGUCAUGCGGCGAUUCACCGGACAGGCCUCCUAGAGCUGGCACGUCGAGGAUCCUGAGAAGCGAAUUCUCUGGCGGAAUUCGCUGGCCUGUUUGCUCAAAACGACGAGAACAUGAUGUGAUAUGCAAAAGUGGUAUAUAAUAUUGUGAUGUCUAGCAUCAAACGCCAAGACCGCAAAACGGUAUGGAUACAUGGGAUGAAUCUCGCAUAUGCAGAUACACCUGAACACAAGAACGGGCAUUGAAAACGUUGGGCCACUGACGAUGUUAAAUUUAUAUAUGUCCUGCGUAUUCAAAGCGUCGAGUGAGAUUUGAAAAAGUAAAAAAAAUAAUACGUGAUGAAUAACCUAGGUCAACGAACCAAAACGUUUCAUGCAUGCUAUAUUCCCACAAGUGCGGGCUGAGUUGGCCGAUCACGUGAGCAUCAAACAAUCACGAAUGCUUCUGUGAUACACAACAUCAGAGCCAGAAUUGCGCUGAACUGCUCGUUCGUUUCUUUCUCAGAAGACACUCGCAUGUAGGUCUCGUUAUCGGACAGGGACAGAAAUGAGUUUGACUGACGUACAGUUCGUGCUGGGCUGUACGCAUUCUCUUUAUUUGUACGAUUACACAUUGUAUAUUGUUCGCGCACAAUAAAUAAUCAGUCGGCA